AUGCUGCAACUGCAGGGACUGACUCUCGAAACACUGCAGAGCAGGCCUGCCACCCCAGCCCUGCAAUAUGAAAUCAAUGAAGUAGACCUGGAUGAAAUGCGGUUUGGAGAAGCUUGUGAGCUUGCCGGUAUGGAGCAGGAGGAAGAAGUACCCAACAAGGAAAUCAAAAUCGAUGAGAUUGAGAAGGACAAAAUGUUGGCAAACAGUUACUUAGUUCGUGCAACUUCAUCUCAGGAGGUUGACCUGUUGGACACCCAGAAUUCCUUAGAUGCAGAGCUGGAGACAGCUCUGUUCAACACACUUGGGUACCUCAAUCAGCGUGCCAUCACUAUAAGCGCUGCAGAUGCUGCUGCUGCUUCUACCCCUGCCACUACCAUGCUGCUGUCUGCUGCAAAUUCUGGUCCUGCAGCUUCUGCUGCAACCACUGUACAUGCCGCUGCAGCCACUCUUGUGGCUACUGCUCCACUUGCUGUCACUCAACCCAACCAAGAUGUGGUUGCCUCCACUGCAACAAACACCCUCGUGCUUGUAACAAUGCAUCGCAAUGCAUCUGGUAGCCCAUGUACUAGCCUGCCCACAACAGUGUCACCCAUGACCGCCUCAGCUGUGGACUCCAUAUGGGAGACAAUUUGGCAGUCAGCUGCUGCACCUCCUCGAGGGACCAAUGUGCCGGCUAUCUGCAUUCAGUCCCAUCCACUGCUGCCUGCAUUAGACGAUCCAUGUGAAUGUCUCCUCACUGUGAAACAGAGGCUGGCGCAGGAAGGGGCAGAGCUUGUUGUGCACAAGACAACCAAGCCAGGACGUCCAUCUCUCCAGGAGCACCCAGACUGGGAUGAUUCCUGGGUGAAGAGUGAAUGGGCACACUUGAAGGAGCCUUGUCCGCCAACAUCAGCACUCUGGCCACAGCUGUGCAAUGUUCUCCAUUCACAUGCAGCACUGGUUUCAGGCCGAAGCGAGAACCUCUCAGUGCCUGAUAAUGCAGAACAUGCUGCAGCAGCACCUCAUAUGCAAUUUAACAAUUAUGCUCAUGCUGAACAGUUGGAGAUUUCUUGGAUGGAACAGCUUCAGAUCGACAAAAAAGCUGUAGAUCUCCAGUGGUACAUGAAGCAGGAGCUACCAACACUGCAGCCCCUGUCCCUGCUGCAGCCCACUAUCAUGCUGCAGCCCACUGGCACGCUGCAGCCCACUGGCACGCUGCAGCCCACUGGCAUGCUGCAGCCCACUGCCAUGGGUCAUUCACCCCUGCCAGCAUUGGAAUCCAGCAACCCUGAACCAGAAGCCCUCUCUAGGAAUGCUGUGUCAGGGAUCGUUCAACAGUGUCAAAGCCUUGACAAUCAGGGUGACCCUGACAGUAUGCCCACCACCUUUGUGCAGUUCUUGCCAUGGAAAUCAAAUGCAUCAAAUGUAUCGUCCUCCCUGCUGCUGCACAUGCAGCAGGCUUGCAAGAACAAGGGCAACACAGAAGAUCCUGGUGUGGAUAGUGAGAUCCCACUAUGCACCAGCUACUACAAUCUCCUGGAGAACAUGCACAAUGGCAUGUCAAAGGCAAAGUUCAACAAGACACCAUUCUCAAAUUAG